CAAAUUCCCUGAGCUCUUUUGGAGCAAUCUAUGAUGCAAAACUACAGCAAAAUACAGUCCGUUGUCCAGGAGAUACAUCACCUCGCUUUACGGGAACACCUUUGUGUGGUGAGGGAAGAAGCCCGACGAUUCGAUUAUCGAUGCGACCGUUGGAUAAUGUUCGGGAUAACUAACGCGUUGAGAUCGUGCGUCGAUGGCUGUUAUCCGGACGCACACGGAUUGUGUAUUUAUGCCCGUGCGUUACUUAAUUACUUGGUAUUAUGGAAUGAUAGGACCGAAAGCUUUUCCUAUUUAGCACCUAUCUCUCUUCAUCUAUCAUGGUGGUCUGCUCAUGGAAGAGCUCAAGGCUGAAUUCCAACAUCCACCCGAUACUACAUCUCGGCCCUUGGAGUCCUAGUGGUCCAUCUGCGACCCUAACAGGCGUAUCAGCGUGCGACACAUCGUCGCCCAUAUGGCAACGGGACUCUUAGACAUGGGGCCGAUAUGAAUUCGACCUCUUGCCAGCCAGCGAGUUCCGAUAGGGCGAAACUAGCCCCGGCUCCCCAAAAAUGCGAUUCUACUCACCAAAUGGUGCAUUCGAACUCGGAUCGUGGGACCGAGCGCUGGCCGUACUGUUAGGGUGUCCAGCAGCCGCUGCUGGCGUUCACAACGAGCCGGCAAGCUCUGUGCGGAGCCAAGACGCGUGGUCGUUGGAACGAACUAUAUUGGGAUGUGGAAUAUUCCAGAUUAACAUUAUUGGCUUGAGGCGCAGCAAUACUCAGCCACUAGAUAACUGGAUCUGUUCCAUCUGUCGCAUAAGAGUCGAGCUCCCUUCCUCUUCCUCAACGCCAACGACCAACUCGACGGCUGUUUGAGGCCUGCUUUUAUUCAAUCCUUCGAGUAACGUACAUGCCUUGCAAAUUUUCUGGCUCGAGAGGUAUCCGCAUCGUUCGCAUUGCCCCAUCGUUUGAACCUUCAACGGUUUCUGGCUACCAGAUCCAUUGCGACGGCUGGUUCGUGCGAGCUGUUUCUUCUUGUUCUUUCCGAGAGCCGCAAGGGUGAUCUCGGUCUCGCGAGACUGGGCCGCUUCGUUCUCAGCAAGUUGUUUCUCCAUUUCUGCCAUUUCAUGACCGCUGCUCCUUCCAUUUUGACUUCCGCACCCGCCAGUCGAGUAGUCUUCAGUCCCAUCUUCAGCAUUGGCCGAAAUCGCAUUCUUUGAUGCACAAGUGGCCGAAGUGCUGAUCUCUGAUGGUACCAACUCGGCCAUAUCUUCACCACUCCUAACAAUAUCCAAUAUAGAACUUGGCCGUAUUUUUUCCAGAUCUUUGAUCAGCGUCCGGGCACUGCCCCGAAACGCUUCAGGGUUUACUGCGUUUUAUUUCACUGGCCGAUGACCCCGUCACAAUGUAUGUUCCCCGGGCCAACCGCGGUAAAUCACCCCGAAGGAGAUUCAUCAUCACCGUCUCAGCGACAUCGUCAGCGUUAUGCCCCGUGACAACAUGUUUAAUGCCGAGUUUCGCAGCUCCGCGAUCUAGCGCCUGGCGACGAAAUACCCCGCAGGCAUAUCGUACUGGACCGCAUUCCGCUUGACAGUUUCCAGACUGUCAUCUCGGUACCCUUUGAUGCCUUCGUCGAUGGAUAG